AGUCAAAAACAUUUAUUUCUCUCUGAUUGAAUAAAUGAGUUCUUUACUGGAAGGAUUUAAUCGUGUACAGAUGCAGGGAAUCGGAUCUCACAUUUCUCCGAGGUUAAAAGCAUUGUUGAGACAUUAGUAGGAGCAGUGAUGGUGCUAUAUUGUCGGACAGCCUGACUAUGUGGGUUGAUGGAGGCUAUAAUCAGGCGAUCAUUGCAAAGGAAGAGCAAGUAGUGAAUGUAUCUUAGGCUGUUGGCAAUAUGAGUUUUAUAUCAGUCCUGCCAACUUCCUGUUACAUUGUCUUCCUCCCAAGUCCCUUGACUUCAGCUUUUAGCUCUGCUGUCAUCUGUAUUCAACAGGUUUCAAUGGCUGGAUCUGGGAUUUACCUCCCAUAGAAAAGAACAAAAGGCUCAAUCAUUUCCCAGAUAGGGAAAUAUGUGGUUACAAAUAGAAACUGGAUUUGAUUAGCUAACAAACUAGAAGCACUGCUGUGAUGAGCCAAGGCAAAUUAAAGGUCGAGAGCAAAUAAGUCUGUGGAAACUUUGUGCAAGACAAAAUGGGCCAAGCUUUAUUGUAUAUCUGGGUUCUAGUGUGGCACAGACACCAGCCCCCCCUCUCCCUCUAUUGUCCUAGAGAAACUAGAACAAACACAAAAAAUGGUUUAAUAAUUUGACUGCUCAGCCAUAACAUUGUCAGUCAUCACUCCUUCCUCUAAUCCUGUCUGCCUCUACAGGCUUCAUUAAAGAGACAGCAGAGGAACCUGACAAGCUGUAGUUUUGUCUCCCAAGAGAAAAGACACAUUGACAAGCUCUCUCAAGCCCUAAUUGUCUCCCCCGUCUGCCUCUAGUGGCCCAGGGGCAUCAAACAUCCCCUUCAAUCAUGCAAGGUCUCAUGUAUUCAUUUGAAAAUGUUUUAUGAACAGAGAGAUCGGUUUCACUCCGCCUUUAAUCGGAUACACAGGCCUAUGUGUGUGUUUUGUGUACACAUGAGUGAACAAAGCACAUCUGUAAGCUCCUAAACUCUUAAACCAAGCUGAGCUGGGGGGAGGGAAAGCUGCGGCUGAGGUGUGGGGGUUUGCAGGUAGCUAAAUUAAGUUGUCACAACAUUUUUUGAGUUCCCUGCUGAACACAUGGCACUGCUGCAGCCAAGCUUGAGCAGGUCAAUAUCUAAGCCUUGAAAACAGCUCGAUGGGGACACAAGGCUGCCUUUCUGCUUUCUGAGAGCUCUGGGCUGUGCGCCAUUUCCAUAAAGAUGUCGUCUCAUUUGUACUCUUGUCCACCCCUGUUGACAGAAACAGUUGUGUCCGACUUCCAUACUCCGUACUAUUCCAGGCAGGUUUUGAGUAUGUGGUAUGUUUAUACUGUGAAAAGACAAAAUGUCAGAACGGUCAGUAUGCACUCUAGAAACAUUAGAUAUUAGAGAUAACAGCUGCUAUUGUCCCACAGUGCUACUCAAUGAUGGCGAGACGGCUACAAAAAUAUCAAUCAGCAAUGUAAAAUUUGGCCGCCAUGCACAUAUGAUAUUCUAUGUUAAUGUCUAAAAUAUCAUACUUUAUACCAGUGGUUCCCAACUGGUCCAACCACAGGGUCCAGAUUUCUCCUUAGUCAAUUGUUCAAGGUCCACCCCUUUUAAUAUAAUCAGCGUCAUACUUGCAUUUGGCAAUAUCUCAAGCUAGUUUGCUGUCUAUGUCAAGUAACUUUUUGUUAUUCACUCACUCUACAGCAGGAAACAACACUUCAAAAUAAACGCUCUAUGAUGGAAAUUCACUGUACUUAGAAAUAAAGUGUGGUUUUUUUAGAAAGUUAAUAUGUUCAGAAGUCACUUGCGGUCCAUUCAGAAUGGAUCAGCAACCCACUUUUGGACCACGACCCAUCAGCUGGGAACCACUGCUUUAUACCAUUUUGUACUAACUACUAAAGCUGUAUUGUGUGACAACUGGUUUAUACUUAAUGUUGUACAUAAUUAGUAUGGAAUUGGGACACAACUCAGUGGAUAUAAAUAACCGCUUUAUCCCUGGCAUUAAAAGUUGCACAUUCAGAUUUUGAAUGCAUUUUUAGGUUUGAUGCUGAAGAUAAACACUGAUGCAUAUUCAGCAGCUCAGUCGCAAAUCCAAACAACACACGUAUGUAUUCUAGGCAGGUUUUGAUUAUGUUGAGUGUUUAUCCCGAGAAAAUGACUUAAGUAUACUCAAAAAGGUCAGUAAGUGUGAAUGACCAGCUCAGUGGCCACAAUAAAAUGUUGGCGCUGUAUGUUCCUGCGAAUCACAGAUAUGUUAGAUUUGUACAUUUCAUAUGCUGAGUUUCUCCACAAGGGAGGGGACUACUUGGCACUUGGUCAAGAUGUCCCCCAAGAAGCAGACCGCAGCAGACCACUGUUCGAGACCAACAAAAGUGAGUGUACUUAACAAGAGUGUGGGUCAGUUCCAGUCGUGUUUGUAGCGUCCAAACUGGGUAUUUUUAAGCCAAAAUAUUUUUUUCCUAACCAUAACUAAAUGUUUUUUGUGCCUAACAUUAACCACAGCGUUAUCACAACAUGAAUUAAAAAUUUCAGCAUAAAAUUUCAAGAUAAUAGCUACAUAUGAAACGUACAAAUGUAACCUAUCCAUGGUUUGUAGAAACGUACAAUGCAGACAUUCUGGUGACUGGGGUGUGAUGUUGGAGGAAAUGGAGCAGCUGCUCACAGAUGAAAAUAAAGUUGCAUCUCAUUGUAGAUAGAUGGUGAUGAAAUGGCUCCAGGUGAACCUCCAAAACAAAAUACGCCUUUGUGAAGUUUAAUUGGCAUUGGUACUCGAGCUCCAAGUGUUGUAUAAUUUCUUACUGGUAUUAAUUUUUUCUUCUUGAGUGCUAACUGAAUUAAACCCCACUAAAUUACAAAGACUAGUACAUAGUUUAUACACUUAAUAUGUUAAUAUGUAGUAUGGAUUUGGGACAGAUGAAAGUGAUUUCGUUGAGUCAAAAUGACUGACAAAACACAUCAUCAGUGGCCCACACUACAGAAAACUGAGCCUGGUAUCCAUUUAUCUAAGAUGCCAAGUAGCCUCGGAGCCACACUGAGCCCCAGAGCUAAAGAGAUCCCCAGAGUACAGUGAAGUGAACCCAUUUUUGGGAACCAUUCAGCCAUUCAUGGUUCAAAACCACUGAGACUGGGCUCUCAAACACAGUCUGCCUCAUUCAGACUCCCUAUUCAACCUGAAUGAGUUCAUUAUUCACUGGCAGGGCCGCAUCUGUUGACGCAGGAAAUAAUCAAAUUCUGCUUUUUGAGUAAACAAAUCUCGCACCUUGCUGGAAGCCAGCAUGUGCACAAGGACACCUCUGUCAUUUCUGUUCUCUCAGAGCUGAUGCACAGUGUGUAAAAACGUCUUUCAAACGUACAGUUGAUUUAGCAGCACCUCGUAAAGAAACUGUGCAGUUUAUUUAGUCCAUUCAUGGAAUUUGUACAAGUGGAAUUCCCUCGGGGAUUAUUCAAUAAGGUUGUUCCCGUGUUAAGUGUGUUUAAUCAGCAGAUUACAAAACACAAAUUCUCCGUGUGUUAAGAAUAUUUAGGAAACCUCACAGUACGCUAUGAGCACAUUAACACCCAAACAGCACAACCGAGUAAUUCUGCCCACCGCCUCCAACACUGGGAGAUCAGAUCAUUGGUCGCCAUGGUGACGCAACCUGCCUGUAAGGAAUGAAUGAGGGAUUAGGUGAAGGGAGAGAAAGAAAAGACUUAAGGCUAUAUUUAUCGGUGUGCAGCUCGUACAGGCCUUGCUGUGCAUGGACAGAGGGAAGGCGGUUACUAAACCUCAUCAGCAUUGUUUCUAAACUUCAUUUAUUUUAUGUUGCCGGGGCUCAAAGCGGGCAUGAUGCAUUUAUGCUCAACAGCUAACUCUUGUCAAGUGCACUGUGAAGAUGGUGUGAGUGCUCUUAAGGGAUAGUUUGACAUGUUGGGGAAAUAUGCUCAUUGGUUUUCUUGCUAAUUAUGCACCAGUUCAUGUUAUUGACGUAGGUCUGCUGUAGUGAAACCAACGACUUAAAGUGCAUCCUGGAUGCUUCGUCCCAGGUGUUGUUACCAUGUUGUUUCAUGCAGGCUAUAUACAUGAUGACACCUUCAUGGUAAAAUAUAUUACUUUAUAACCAAGAUUGGAAGUGGAAUAAAAAAGAAAUAUAGGCCAUCAGUCACAAAAGUGAAAUGAAAAGGUUGUCACAUUCAGAAUGGUUGCUCACGCUCACCCUCCUGUCCACUCAUAUUUAUUGACAUUAAUCCUAGUAAGUAUAUUUUUUUCAUUCAUUUUCUGUAACCACUUAUCCUGUUGGGGGUUGCGGGGGUGCUGGAAGCUAUCCUAGCUGACAUUGGGCGAGAGGCGGGCUACACCCUGGACAGGUCGCCAGACUAUCACAGGGCUGACAUAUAGAGACAGACACCCAUUCACACUCACAUUCACACCUACAGGCAAUUUAGAGUCACCAGUUAACCUAAAUCUAACCAUUGUGUGACUGUGCUGCCCCCAAUAAGUAUAACUGUUUGCAAAUGAGUGUAACAUUUAUACAUAAAUAAACCUAUUGUUUGUUUUUGUGAACAGCUGAACUUGAAGUGUUGCUGCCACAAGAAACUGUGGAAUGGCAUUAUCUUCUUUUCUUUUGUAGAGGAUGGUCCAUGUGUAUCAUAUGCUAAAAGAGCUAAAAGAGAAAGGAAGCACUGAAGCACCUUUCCUUAACAUUUAGAGAAUGCCAACGGCCCUUAUCAUGGCUGCCAAUUAGAUAAUUCUGAGUCAUGUCACUCAAAUAGGAACCUUCCAAAAUGAAAAAGGUCUGUAUGACUGCAGCCCGAUGGGAGGGGUAUAGUGACCAGUCAAUAAACACAUUAAACCUAGUUUGUUUAAUCUGCACAAAAACUGAAAGUGUAAAUGGAUGGUACUAUUGUUAUUGUGCUGGUAGAAGGAUGUUGUUUUUUUCUUUUUGGAAAGAGUCAAGCUGGCCGUUUCCCUGUGUUUCAGUCCUAAUGCUGAUUGAGCUAAGCUAACGGUCUCCUGGGUCUAGCCUCAUAUGCAGCAAGAAAGCCACAAAUUUACCAAAAUGCCAAACUAUUCCCUUGAUGAAAAUUGUCUGACAAGGACAUUUAUGUCACAAUAAUGUGAUUAAUUCAGUCCUGAAAAGUUAAAUUCUGGUUUAAGUUGCAUGGAUUUGUGCUCAAAUAUAAACCGUUAACAAGUGCACAAAUCAAGAGUUAAUUGUUCACUCUAACUGUUCACGUCUUGUAUGUAUAUUUUAAAUCUGUUCUGUAUUUCACUCUGAACUGCAUUACCAGAUUUUUACUUUAUUUUUAUGUUGGCUGUGUUUCUCAAAUGUCAUGUUGUUUAUAUAAAAACAAUAAGGUUUCUCACGUCACUUCACAUUAUGUAUUGUUUCUUUUUUCUUGUUGGUCUCACCUCACUUCUCUGUUCAUUGCUUGCAGCCACAGUGCGAAGGUCGUUUGGAAGUCGAGGUAGACGCGGGCUCCGUGUUUUGAGUAGCUGUAGUACCUUUCAGAGAAUGGAUUACCAUUACAUCCAGGAACUUUUCCUGAAUUUCCUUGCCUGAUAUAAGACAGAAUUUUCAACUCAUCACACUACGUCUCCAGAAUCCGAAUCAGUCAAAGCGGACUCAGUCGAGUGGGUGAAUUCAAAGGUCUGGACCCAGGCAAUGAAUUUCCUAUAGGGCUACAACUAAUGAUUAUUAUCUCGAUUAGUCAUUUGGUUUAUAAAUACCAGAAAAUGGUGAAAAAAUGUCCGUCCCAUUUUCUCAAAGUCCAAGGUGAUGUCUUUUAAAUGUCUUGUCAGUCCAAAACCCACAGAUACUCAGUUUAAUAUGAUAUAAAACAGAGCAAAGUAGAAAAUCUCCAUAUCUGAAAUGUUGAAAACAGCAUUUUCUGCCAUUUCAGCAUGAUUAAUUACAACGAUUAUUGGAAUAUCAAAGUAGCUGGAGAUUUAUUUUUCUGUUGAUCAGCAUUGAUUAGUCAACUGGUUGCUACAGGUCUAAUUUUCCAUUUGUUGGAGUUAUGUGCAGGUAACAGUCUUACAAAUCCCCUCUCGGGCAGCCACUGACAGAGCAAAAUGUUUGGAUAGCAAUAGAACAUUCAGCACUUCUAGGUUAACAGCACUGGUAUGCACCAGCUAUGCAUAAGUUCAAACAUAGCCUAGUUUAAAUGUAAUUUCUAUCUUAGUUUGGGGUUUAUGUGCUACUAACAUUUUAAGGGUUUAUCAUAGCAACCUAACAACUUAAAAUCAACACAGCUUUACGAUCAAACCAACUAGUUUCAGUGUAUCAUUUAGUGUGGACUCUGCACCCUUAUUUAACAAUGUACUAUGCAGGAUUGUCUGUAACUCAUUAUAAAUAUGCUCAGCAGUGAAAGUAAAAGUAAAAGCCGACCCCAGAUUCACUCUCGUUUGGUGUUUUGCCUCGCUAUAUUUGCAUUUUAUUGGUGCUGUGUCUCUUGGAUGCCUGCUGCUUAUGGUCUGGCACCUGGUCGCCACCUUUUUAUGAAGUCCUGACCUCACCUGAGCACUGUAGGGGCACACGCCCAUAAGCAUCCUUAACACAGAAAAUGAGAAGAAAAUACAGGCAGAGGGCAGAAACUCUGCAGAUUAAUACACUGCCAAACACCUCUAGUGGGUCUUAAGUGAUGAUUGAGAGGAAUUAUAUCUGUAUGAGUCUAUACAGAAAAUCCUGCAUAGUUAAGAGAGAACUUGUGUAUAGCUGGUGCAGCUGGCUGCAUGACUCCACAGAUUAAUUUAUUGCAUUAGAAAUGAAAUGGAACUCUACCUGGAUACUUAACAAGAUUCCCUCCACUGUAUGACCAUAUUUAGUUUUAUAAAAUAUGAAUUUAGAUGUGCAGACAUGAUUGUGUUUACAGAAAUAACUCUGUGAAACAAAGAAUAUGCUACAUUAGUUCAAGCAUCAAACUGUGUCUAAAGAUCUGUGCAGGGGAAAACAACCGAGCCCCUUUUGCUCUGCAAUGACUCGUCAGUUUCUGCCUUCGACUCUGCGUCCCUCUGCAGAUCCACAAAUCAACACACACACACACUUUGCUGCAGGCAUCUCCUGCCUAGGUCUUGUACGCUCACACCUGCAGUACAGACCACAGAACCUGAGUCAAUGUUCAGCUUCCCAACAUGACACGCACGUAAAUAAAGACACGCAUACAUGCACUCACAGUCGUCAUUUGUUGGUUUACAUUUGAAGGCUUUCUGUCAGACUUCUCAUUUCAUCCAGUGACUUAACUUGUCCUAACAAGGCCAUGUCACCUUCAUCACCAUCGUCAGACUAAGUUUUUCAUCCUAACGUCACACCGCAGUGUUAAGUCCACCUCUCGUCGUAUGAAUUCAGGUAUGAGGGGUGAUCGAUUGGAGGCAAACAGCUGCAGGUUGUUGUCAGAUUACAGAUUUAACCUCUAGGUAGUAAACUGUCCCUGCACUGUCACAGUCUUUAGUUCUACUCACGUCACACGGCAUGCACAUGGCUACACAUGUCAGUGUUUCUGUGUUUGCUGUUCUGCCACUGCUUUUCCCUCAGCUGCACCUUUUUGCAAAAGUGAAGUGGUUCUCCUGUAUUUGGCUUACCUGAGGAGUGUUUGAUUUAAUUUCCAGGUCCUCGGAAACGAAGUGGAAAAACGGGCUUGCAAUCUGAGAUAAAUCCAGCACUCCUCGCUUCCCCUGUCCCCCAAAAACGUGAAGCAACAUUUCUGUCUUUUAUUUUGCCUUGUAGUGACUUCAGUUUGCUGACUUUGUUUGAGUGCGUGCUAACAGUGUUGUGCGUCCCGCAAUGCUUGCGUCUGUGAUGUGACCUUGUGUAACAGUUCCUUUACUUCCACCUCAUGUUACUGUGUUGCUGCUCUGUUACGAUGCUGCUGCUGCUGCUGCUGCAUCUGUAACAAGCACACUGUUGUGAGAAACUCUUGAAAGCCGUGUGGCUUUAAGAGGAGUUUUGUUGUCAUGUGUUGAUGCAUUGAACUGGACAUGUGGUAUGAAAGUUCAAUCGCAGGACAUUUGUUCUUUACAAUUUUGCUACGUCACACAGUGUAAUUCAGUUACAUUGCUUGAUUUUAAAAUGCUGUGAUUUGUCUUUUUUAUUUCUUUUAAUCACUCAUUUUAGGAAACCAUUAUUUCCUUUGUCCAGAUCAUUGUGAGCACUUCCAUGCUCCUCACUCCCCUGGUAAAUGUUAAAUGACUUGCAGCGCAAAAUUGAUUUCUCAUACAGACAGUGCAUUCUCUAUAAGCUCCAAGGAUGCCAUCCUCCUGAAUGUCAUCACUCUUCAAUCUGCCCCAGCACUCUUGGAAAGUCUCUCCUCCUGGACUUAUUUCCUUGUAAUGACAUCUACUCAAUAAAUUGCCUGUGCUGAUGUUUUGCUCCAUACAUCCGUGACCUUAUGGAGUAGUGUUCAUUGUGGAAAUAAAGCACAAAGGGAGACACACUGAGGCCCUAUUUGUGAAAGCUUAUAUGUGUUGUCAAAGGCAUUUUUCCCUGAAGAUCAUACUUGGCAAGUCCCGCAGAUGAUGUAAUGCUGCUUUUGUGAAUCACGGCCCAGAGUGUGUUGAACACAAAUGGGGGUUCACAUUUUUCAAAGCUCCGAUUUGACUCUCUUGGAAACUAUGCCUGCAGUGUAAUUUGAAGUCAAAGAACGUUGUUGUCAAAAUAGGGCCUCAGACAAGAUUUGAAACUGGGUGACCCAAAGCUGUGACUCCAUAUUACGCAUGAUCUUUUCUCACUUGCCCUCUGUCGCUCUCCUCCAGGCUCCGUCUCGUCCCCGGGGUGGCGCAGAGGUUCUGUGACUCCCCGGGUCACCACCAUCCCAUGCCCGGGCUGCCAGCAUGACAUUGACCUCGGUGAGCGCGGCAUCAGCAUGCUGUUCCGCAACUUCACCCUGGAGAGCAUUGUGGAGCGCUACCGCCAGGCCGCUCGUGCUGCCAUUGCCAUCAUGUGUAACAUCUGUAAGCCUCCGCAGCAGCAGGAGGCUACAAAGAGCUGCAUGGACUGCAAGGCUAGCUACUGUAACGAGUGCUUCAAGAUGCACCACCCCUGGGGCACACCCAAAGCUCAACACGAGUAUGUUGGUCCCACCACGAACUUUAGGCCCAAGGUGCUCAUGUGUCCAGAGCACGAAAUGGAGAAGGUGAACAUGUACUGUGAGGUCUGCAAACGACCCGUGUGUCACCUCUGCAAGCUGGGAGGAUCCCACGCCAACCACAAAGUCACCUCCAUGAGCAGUGCCUACAAGAUCCUUAAGGAGAAGCUGGCCAAGAGUAUCCAUUACCUCAUCAGCAAAGAGGACCAAGUCAGGGCUCAGAUUACUGAUCUUGAGCAGCUCAUCAAUCAGACAGAGGAAAAUGGCCAGCUAGCAGAGCGCCGAGCCAAUGAGCACUUUGAGCGUCUGUUUGAGACGCUGCAGGAGAGGAAGUCGGAGAUGCUGAGGUCCAUCGAACAGUCCCGAAACCGACGCCUGGACCAACUCAGGGCUCAGGUGGAGGAGUACCAGGGCAUGCUGGAGAACAGUGGUCUUGUGGGCUACGCUCAGGAGGUGCUGAAAGAGACGGAUCAGUCCUGCUUUGUGCAGACUGCAAAGCAGCUACACACUAGGAUCCAGAGGGCCACAGAGUCUCUGAGGACCUUCCACCCUGCGUCUGACCCCUGCUUUGACGAGUUUGUGCUGGACACAUCCAGAGAAGAAACUCUGCUCAAAGAAAUGUGCUUUGGUGGAGUUCCAGACCCUCCUCUGAUUGACUUGUCCAACAGCAGAGUCUAUAACGAGGCAUCAAUCUGCUGGAGGCUGUCUGACGAUCACCUACCUACAGAUCACCACGUGCUUGAAUACCGCAGACUCGGAGGCCCGGGCCAAUCCCCGUCCCAGGAGGACGGUGAGGACAGUGGUGUCUGGAGGGCUACAGACAGGGUUUAUGGUCCCAGCACUGUGGUGUGUGACCUGGACCCUGACAGCCUGUACGCCUUCAGGGUCCGAAGCUGCAGGAACUCCAUGUUCAGCCCCCACAGCCCUGAGGUCACCUUCCACACUCCUCCUGCACCAGCUUUUGGUUUCCUGUUCAGCGACAAGUGUGGCUUCAGCACGGAGCGGCUCAUUCUGAACAAGCGACGGGACACUGUGGAGAGUGUAGCGAGCAUGGCCUUCCUCCUUGCAGCAGAGCGUGUGCAGACGGGCAGCUACAUGCAACUCGACUACAUCAUUGGGGACACGGGCAUCUCUCAGGGAAGACACUUUUGGGCCUUCAAGGUGGAGCCGUAUUCCUACAUGGUUAAAGUUGGAGUGGCCUCUGAUUCGAAGCUGAUUGAAUGGUUCCACAAUCCCAGAGAUACCAGCAGCCCAAGGUAUGACCAUGAUAGUGGGCAUGACAGCGGCAGUGAAGACGCAUGCUAUGAGCUCUCCCAGCCCUUCACCCUCCUCACCCUCGGCAUGGGCAAGCUCUUCAUCCCCAAGGCUUCCUCAUCCUCUUCCGUCUCCACUGCAAACGCACCGGCCGGUGACCCCGGCAACCGCGUGCUUCCCAUGCCACAGCGCUUGGGUGUAUGCCUAGAUUACGAUGCAUGCCGAGUGUUUUUCUACGAUGCAGACACCAUGAGGUGCCUUUACGAGAGGCAGGUGGAUUGUUCGGGAACAAUGUAUCCAGCUUUCGGUCUCAUGGGCAGCGGCAAGGUUCAACUGGAGGAGUUCAUCACCGCUAAGAGACUGACCUUCUGAGGAGGCACGAAGCACACUGAUGCUGCUUAGUCUUUGGCGUGUCCUGAGAAGAGCGGUUUUUAUUGACAGGGUGAUGGAGUACAAUCCAAAUAGAUUUUCUGAAGGUCAGAUGAAGCAGAUGUGAUCAGGGCCUUUAGUCCUAAAUGUGAAAAUGGGAUCUCUGCUAAAGAGUGGUCUAUUUAGAGUUGGCAUGAUUAAUGUAUGAUGCAUACACAAGAGUAUGACGCUGAAUAUUAGUGUCCACAUACAAAGGUCUUCAGAGGUUGGUAUGUGAAAGGUCUUCUCUACAUACCAAAGUCUCUCUUUAUUGUAUUUGACAUGGUUUUAAUCGCCAGCUAUGAUCAGCUGUUGUCCAAUUAGCUGCAAAGUUAGUCUGCAGCGACUUUAAAUAUUUGUUUUAACAUGAAACGCCUUCGAGCUUACACUUACACUUCCUCUUUUGCCAGGUACAUGUUUAUAGAUUAUUUUGUGUGUGUAUUAAUUAUGGGUGGUCUUUCUGGCUCUUCUCUGUAACUACUUGUCGAAACGUAGCAGCAUAGAUUUAGAUGUAAUCUUGGUGGACCUGAGAGCCUUGUAGCUACUUUAAAGCUAGCGCCUUCGUGCCUUUUUUUUGGUUUUGUUUUUCAUAGGAAAUGGGUCCCUUACUGUUUAGUGUCAUUGCACAAGCACCAUGAAAAUACUUCUCAACAUAAAUACUGUAUGUGUUUUUACUGUAGGUGGUUUGAUCACAGACACUGGUGUCAAAGUUAUAACCUUACUAUUAUUCAUCAUAUUAACCUAUUUACUCUUGACUCUAUCACAGUUAACACUACUUUUCCUCCUUGUCACAGUUACGUUCAGCUGUUUUUGCACAAUGAUGAAUGAAGCUGCGCACAUGAUAAUCAUCACAUUUGAUCACUACCUAGUUAGCUUCUUCACGAUAAACAUUGUAGACAUACUUUCACACUUUCACGCUCGCAAAAAGCGUUCACAUUUGGAGUAAUCGCUUAGAUUUCAAAGCCUCUCACUGUUUGCACAGCACUGAAUGUGACUCCAACACCAUUAAACCAGCCAGGUACCAGACCACCGGGUACUUGUUGUCAGUGUCAGUUUGACAGCUGCAAAGUCACUCAUAGCCAAAGCGUGUUGGUUCUGGUGCUGACUCAAGUGCAACACACCGCUCUGUGGCCUAGCAGCCUUUAAACACAGUUUAAAAACAAACAAAAAAAAGUUAUUCAGGUUCUUACAGAAAGUGCUAUCACAAAACACACUUUGCUAUCAAAACCACCGUUUGCUUGCAGUGCAGACACACAAAGUGUAGCAUAUUGGGAUGUCACCGUUGAGUUUGGCUAUCAGACAGAUCACCUAAGUGGUUGAUUGGCUUUGAUUACAUCAGGUCAGAUAUUUAAGUCUGAGAGAGCACACUAGAGAGACUUUUCGCCGGGCGACCGCACUUGUUUUUGUAUAGACAUAUACUGUAUAUGUGCCUGCACGUUGGUUUGUUUGUACAUUCAUGUAUAUUUUGAUUUCUGGCGGGUUAGGGUAAUCGGUGUGUGUGUGUUUUCUCAGGUUUCUGGCCCUGACUGGGGCCCCAAUGCUACCUACCUCUAUCCGUCAGGCCUGGAAAACCUUAACUACUGUACCUUUCCUCGCAGAAACAAGUUUGGUUUGAUUUGCAGCUUUGUCCGCAACAGUCCGCUCAAUAUUUCCGCCUUCUCUUUAAACGUCAGAUAAUAAGCUGAUCUUUCAGUACGUUUGAUUUAUUUUCCAUGUACAUAUUAAUUCAGAGUAUUAUUUUCAGUGAAAUAAAGUACAUCUUAAAUAGUUAUUAGUUGGUGUUUGCUUGCGGAACGAGAUGUGUAUCACUAUUGGUGGAAAUUACUGUAACCUGUCCAGCUGCCUUUGUCAAGGGAGUGUUUCUCAAAUGGUACUAACAACCUUUUCUUCCUCCUUUUUUGUGGUGUUGGUUUGAUUAAGUCAGUUUAAAUGUUUAGAUAUAUAGUGUGGAACACAUUAUGGGUUUUUGUUCUGGGUUAAACAUUCAAUGCUUCAUGUAGCCGGACAGAAACCUUCUCCAGUUUAAAAAAGAAAUAUUGGAUUUCUGUGACUGUACAUAUAUUUUGUCUCACAGGUGUUGCUCUGUUAUUUUCUCUACACUUUUCAGAGGUCACAGGCCUGAACCCUGAUCCCUGUACUUUAAAUUGACUGUUUCAACAUCUUUAAAACAAGUCUAUGCAUAAAUGAAUUGGCAGGGCAGGUUCACGUUUUUAUUUCCAUCACAGAAUGUAUUCCUGUUUCUUACCGCUGAAUGUUCGCUGGUUUUCUUCUCUUGGUUCGUUCCACUCGGGGUCACAGCACAGUUGUUUGUAGUUAUAGAAAUCUGAUAAAAGGCUUGUCAUCUCAACAUCUCAUCUGAUUUUAAAGUAAAAUGCAUCCUAGCCUGCUUUUUUAGCAACGAAUUUAGAACCAAAUAUUUUGCAGGCUGGCUCUCAAUCUAAUUCCAAGCUAGCACUUUAAAAAUCUGUAGCAUGUCAGCAAGUGUUUGGCUCUGCAGGUGUGUAUCUUAAAUGUAUGUGCAAUAUUAUGAAACAGGCUGUAGAAAAGCAUUUAGACAGACAUAAGCCUAUUGAGACAAUUUGCACUGUAAUUAGUUUAUAGUUUACUUUGUGGUUUAAAGUGGGGUUUUCCUCGAUACAAAGUUUAAACACUACUUGAUUUGUAAAUGUGUUUGUUUUUGAACUGAACUCUAAAUUAGUGACAGUGCACUUGUCUUUGUGUGUUUUCUCCAGAGGUUUUGGAUGUGGUGUGUAAGUGGUGGGUUUCUGUACGUGUAGUAUGUAAAGAUGUGGAAAUAUUGUUCUCUGCUCUGAUUCCUGGAAAUGCUACACUCUUUAAUUUGCUGUGUGGGGACUUCAUCAAAUAAAACUAGUGUGUUUUUAAA